CUCUCUCUCGGCGCACUCUUGAAGUGCGAUCAAACUGAGAGGAGAAACUUCGUGCCGUUUUUUUUUUUAAUCUCCCAUUCAUCUCCGUCGAGGAAUGUUGCUACAUUUAGGGGUAAUGAUGGAGAUGAAAUACCCAAUUGGAUGCGUGUGGUGUUUCCCAAAUGCAGUUUAUUUGAAUCUCAAAGAACACAUCAUCUUCAGAACAUCUAAUUCGCUUGCUUCUUUGAAUUCUAUGAGACAAUUGGAGUUGAAACCUGCUGCUACAGUACGGACAUUUAACAAUGUGAGUGAGAUUCGUAGCAAGCCAAGACUUUUAAAGAUGCAGGCUACGGAGAAAGAUACUGCUGAAGCUGAUAGGGAGGUGAGAGAAGAGGAAAGGAGAAGGAAGAUUGGAUUAGCUAACAAAGGAAAGGUUCCAUGGAACAAAGGAAUCAAACACACUCAAGACACUCGGAGACGAAUCAAGCAGAGAACUAUUGAAGCUUUGAGAAACCCCAAGGUUCGGGAUAAGAUGUCUGAGCAUCAACAACCUCACAGUGAUGAAACCAAGGAGAAGAUCAGAGCUUCAAUGAAACAAAUUUGGGCUGAAAGGUCAAGAUCCAAGAGAUUAAAGGAGAAGUUUACUUCACUGUGGUCAGAGAGCAUUGCAGAAGCUGCAAGGAGAGGAGGAAGUGGCGAGGUGGAACUCGAUUGGGACAGCUACGAUAAAGCAAAACAAGAGAUUUCAUCUGAAGAGAAAGCUAGAACAAAGAAACAAAACAAGAUGAGAGCAGAAGAAGCCAAGACAGAGAAGAAGAUGAGGAGAGUUGUAGAAAGAAAGAAAGAAGGGAAAGAGAGAGACCAGAGAGGAGGAAAGACUCGAAAACCACAACAGAACAAGGAGAGUGCAACUACUGCCUCACGUUCUAAACUGAAGAAGAGACUCACAAAGAUUCACAAGAAGAAAACAAGUCUUGGUAAAAUUGCUGUUGGGAAGGAUAGGGUGGUUUCAGUUGCAGCCAAGCUGGAGAAACUGGACUUGGAACUGAUAAUUAAAGAGAGAACAAGAGGAGAUAUCUCGCUUGCUGAUCAGAUCCAAGCUGCCAAGAACCAACGAGGAAAUGAUUUUUCAUCAAGAUUUGGUCUUUUUGCCAUGAAAUCAAUGGAUUUUGAUUGACUCUUUUCAACUCAUAGUUUAUAGAGCUACUACCCCUUUUACAUCUUGUUCCACUAAUUACUGAUAUAAGACUUCAAAGAUAUAAUAGAGAGACCAAUUAUUAAUAGAAUGA